CCAGAGUUGUCGCCUUCGAUAAAACAUGAAUAUUUACAUAUAUUGUAGCCUUGUAGGGACACCGAUAGCAUUACCCGAGAAAGAGUAACAAAGAAGCCAGGAACCGACCACACCCGGCAAUGGCCGUUAAAUGUAGUAAACCACCGAAGCUCCGCGACCCCACCACUACGCAACCACCGCUGACCGCUGUACCGCCUAUCAGCUGAUCACCCCACUAAGCUGACUUUGUCGGUUCUCUGCUCACGUGGCCAAAUCUGCCCCAUUGAUUUCCUCAGUACACAAAAUCCUUUCGCAGUUUCACUAUCCCCCUUCUAGUUUAUUAAUUUCAGCGCUCAGUCUUAAAGUGGAAGCAAAAAUUGUUUAUUAAUGGAGUCUCCAUCGAUAGAACAUUCACUUUUCUACAGUCUAUGAAUAUAUAUUGCACAUACAUAUGUAUCUAUUGAUUUAGCUUGAGGCUCACGCCAUAGAAGCACUUUGGUUUUGAAUUCCAGAAAGUAUGUCUCGGGUCAACGAGUCCAGGCCGGCGUGGGGAGAGGACUUUGCCGGUGUAGCUGGUGAUGCCGGAGUACGGUACCAACCUGUUUACCCUGCUGCCACCGCAGGGAUGAGUGGAGGGCGGGUAAGGGCACCGGCGGCUCCUAGUGGCAGUGGCGGGGAGCAUAUGAGAUUCCACGCGGUGGAGUUCGCGCGGGGAUUUGCCGAGAUGAGUGUCGAGUUCGGGAAGGGAGUGAAGGAUGUCGUGAUGCAGACGGUCGUGUCUGAUGACUCUAUGAUCGGGAAGAAGCUUGGAGGACCGUGCCAGAAAAUUUCCAGAAAACUGAGAUUUCUGAACGACUAUUUGCCGGAAGAUCGCGAUCCAGUUCAUUCGUGGAGUGUGAUUUUCUUCGUCGCAAUAAUAGCUUUUGCAGCGCUGACAGUAAGUGAUGAUGUGGAUACUCGAUCGGCUUCAGUAAAGAAAGUUAAUAAACACCCUCCUGGUGCUAGUCGAGUUUUGCUCCCGGAUGGUAGAUAUUUAGCUUAUCAAGAACAAGGUGUUCCGGCUGAUCAAGCCAGAUUCUCUUUGGUUUCUGCACAUUCAUUUCUUUCGUCUAGGCUUGCAGGAAUACCUGGCAUCAAGGUUUCAUUACUUCAUCAAUUUGGUGUUCGCUUGGUGACAUAUGACCUUCCUGGGUUUGGACAAAGUGAUCCUCAUCCCAAUAGGAACCUCGAGUCAUCAGCAAUGGAUAUGCUACACUUGUCAUAUGCUGUGAAUAUAACUGACAAAUUCUGGGUGGUAGGAUUCUCUAGUGGAAGUAUGCAUGCCUGGGCUAUCCUUCGAUAUAUUCCCGAUAGAGUCGCUGGUGCAUUCAUGGUUGCUCCCAUGAUCAAUCCAUAUGAACCUAGUAUGACAAAGCAGGAGAGACAUAGCAUGUGGAAGAAAUGGACAACUUGGAAGAAAUUUAUGUAUAUACUGGCUCACAAGUUUCCCAGUCUACUCCCUUUUUUCUAUCGCAGAGCCUUCCUGUCUGGUUUUCAUGGUCCGAUAGAUGAACGGCUCUCAUUGUCACUUGGAACAAGGGAUAGAGCUUUGAUAGAGAGCCCAUUGUUUGAAACGUUCUGGCAGAGAGAUGUUGAAGAAUCCAUCCGACAGAGGAAGGUAAGACCUCUUGUUGAGGAAGCUGUCUUACAGGUGUCAGACUGGGGCUUCAGCCUUGUGGAUCUCAAAAUAAAGAGAAAGAACCUGGGGAAGGGCGUACUUAAGUGGAUUAAAUCUUUGUAUGGUCAACCAGAAGAAAGUUUGAGUGGAUUUCUUGGCCCAAUACAUAUAUGGCAGGGAAUGGAAGACAUGGUGGUGCCUCCAUCAACAGGUUACUAUUUGCGGCGAGUUCUGCCUGAUGCAAUGGUGCAUACAGUCCUUUAUGAGGGUCAUUUCACUUAUUUCUACUUCUGUGAUGAAUGCCAUAGACAGAUAUUUAGCACCGUCUUUGGAGAACCUCAAGGCCCUCUCAUCCCGGAAGUAGUCCAAACUCCCAUCAUCAAAGAAGAAAUUCCCCCGAUCAAAGAUGAUGACGAAGAGACGGGGGAUGUAGUUCUUGGAGAAAUAACCUCAGAUGAAGAUAUUGUUGUUUCUAAUCCAGUAUGACCAUUUUGGUACAACAGUUUUACAGAUUUACAAUAUACCAACCAAUUAGUAAGAGACAUGUAGAAGGCAACAACAGCACAUAAAAAAUUAUAUGUAUAUUACUCCGUAUCAUAUAUUUUCUUUAAAUACAGGAGAUCAUGAUUGCCAUUAGAAGAGAAAGGGUCCGAUUCUAUCAUGGGUUCUGAGGCUUUCAUGAUCAAUUGCUUGCUUUGUUGGCACCGACGACCUUACAUCUCAAUCAAGCGUUUCUGGUAUCACACAUUUUUUUACUUAGUUUUGUAUCGAUUUUCAAGUUAGCAGCGGCUAAAGUGUCAACUCAACAACUGAUCUUGCGGCGGAUUUGUGUGCAAUAUCUUUUUUGCAUCUAAAAUUGUUUUUCUUUGUGAUUUUUCGAUUCCAUGAAGUUAGUGGAUUGAUUCUCAGUAGCUCCCUUGCAUCUGCUCUACCAAAAGAUAUAUGUGUGAUGGAGCAAUGAGAAAAGUACUUCAAUUCAAUUUUAUGUUGUAUUAUUAGAAAAAUGGAUGAC